AUGUUUAAAUCUUUGUUCGAUUCUUUGAUUACUCAAGCCAGCUGUCAAGAGGGGGCUGGUUAUUUAAAACGAGCGGACACCGAACGGCUACAUGACAUCUUCCUGAAAUACGCCACCGUCGAGAAGAACGGUGAAAAAUACAUCACCAGCGAGGAUUUCGUUCGAAAGUUUCUCGGCCUAUUCGACGAAGAUGACUACAACAAGGAGUCGGUGCGGCUCAUCGCCGGCAUCGUGGACAUGGACAAGGACGGGUACAUCUCGUUCCCGGAGUUCCAGGCGUUCGAGGGGCUGCUCUGCGUGCCGGACGCGCUGUACAAGACCGCCUUCCAGCUGUUCGACACCAACGGCAACGGGCUCGUCGCCUUCGACGAGUUCGCCGAGGUGAUGCGCAAAACGGCGCUCCACCAGAAGCUGCCGUUCAACAUGGAGAGCACGUUCGUGCGGCUCUACUUCGGCAAGGACAAGAGGCGGCUGGUGACGUACGCGGAGUUCAGCCAGUUCCUGCACGACUUCCACGAGGAGUACGGCGUGGAGGCGUUCAAGAGGUGCGACAAGGACGGCACCGGCUUCAUCAGCGCCGGCGACUUCAAGGACAUAAUGCUCAGCGUCAAGAGCCACCUGCUCACCAAGGAUCUGAGGACGAAAGUCAUUAACGCGUCCGGCUUCCCCCAGGGCGAGAGGAAGAUAAGCUUCCCGUACUUCAUGGCGUUCACCUCGCUUCUGAACAACAUGGAGCUGAUAAAGAGGGUGUACCUGAACGCGUCUGGCGGCCAGAGGACAUUGGAGGUGACCAAGGAGGAGUUCCUCCACUCGGCGCAGAUGAUGAGCCAGGUCACGCCGCUCGAGGUGGACAUACUCUUCGCGCUCUGCGACCACAUACACCAGACCAACGGUCGCAUCGUCUACAACGACCUGAACUCGAUUACGCCUGAGCAGUACUUCAAGCAGGUCACACGUAGAGUGGCCGAAAUCAAGGCGGUCUCGAGCCCCGAAGAGAGGAGCGUCCUCAUACAGAUACUGGAAAGCACGUAUCGUUUCACCCUCGGCUCCAUCGCCGGCGCGGUGGGCGCGUCGGCCGUGUACCCCAUCGACCUGGUGAAGACGCGCAUGCAGAACCAGCGCACCGGGUCGUUCAUCGGCGAGGUGGCGUACCGCAACUCGUGGGACUGCUUCAAGAAGGUGGUGCGCCACGAGGGCGUCUUCGGCCUCUACCGCGGCCUGGUGCCGCAGCUGAUCGGCGUCGCGCCCGAGAAGGCCAUCAAGCUGACGGUAAACGACUUCGUCCGCGACAAAUUCAUGGACAAGAAGGGCAAUAUAUCCCUGUACGCCGAAAUCCUCGCUGGCGGUUGUGCGGGCGGGUCCCAAGUGGUGUUCACGAACCCGCUGGAGAUCGUCAAGAUCCGGCUGCAGGUGGCGGGCGAGAUCGCGGGCGGCGGGAAGGUGCGCGCGUGGACGGUGGUGCGCGACCUGGGCCUGCUCGGCCUCUACAAGGGGGCGCGCGCGUGCCUGCUGAGGGACGUGCCCUUCAGCGCCAUCUACUUCCCGGCGUACGCGCACGUCAAGGCCAAAUUCGCCGACGAGAACGGCUACAACCACCCUCUUACUCUGUUGGCGGCUGGUGCCAUUGCCGGUAUACCGGCCGCCUCGCUCGUCACGCCCGCCGACGUCAUCAAGACGCGCUUACAGGUGGUAGCCAGGACCGGCCAAACCACAUACAGCGGCGUCAUAGAUGCAACUAGGAAAAUCUACGCGGAGGAGGGCGCUAGAGCUUUCUGGAAGGGAGCUAUAGCGCGUGUGUUCCGUUCAUCGCCACAGUUCGGCGUCACGCUCGUUACUUAUGAAAUCCUCCAGCGCUUGUUCUACGUAGACUUCGGUGGAUCUCGUCCAACGGGUUCAGAGCUGCACGUGGCAACUCCGGUGGAAGAGGCCAAGAAGAAAGCAGACCACAUUGGAGGCUACCAGGUAGCAAUGCCAAUUCUGACCGGCCUCGAGACCAAAUUCGGUAUAUCAUUACCAAGGUUCUCGUUCCCCAAGCCGCAG